AGCAGAACAAGGAAGCAGACGCUUGUUGGUGUAGCAUUUCUCACAGGGAACGAUCGGUGUGAUAUGUGAUGAUGUCGGUCCCGGUGAAGGCUUAAAUUACUCGGUGGAGCAGCUGCUGACAGACCGGAGCACAGUGUGCACAGGAAGCACAAUGGCAGACGAAGCUCCUUUCCAGUUCUUACAUAACGAAGUGAUCCAGUACAUUUACAAGUCAGCUGAGAGCGGAGAGACGGAGAAUGGGAGAAACAUUGCCAAACUGGAGAAUAUGGGCUUUAGAGUCGGCCAGGGGCUCAUAGAGAGACUAACAAAAGACACAGCACGGUUCAAAGACGAGCUGGACAUCAUGAAGUUUAUCUGUAAAGACUUCUGGACUUGUGUGUUCAAGAAGCAAAUCGACAACCUUCGAACAAAUCACCAGGGUAUCUAUGUUCUCCAGGACAACAAGUUCCGAUUGCUGAGUCAGCUGUCAGCUGGUAAACAGUAUCUGGAACACGCCCCAAAGUAUCUGGCCCUCACCUGUGGUCUGGUGAGAGGAGCUCUGUCCAACCUGGGAGUGAAGAGUAUUGUGACAGCUGAGGUGUCCAUCAUGCCUGCAUGUAAAUUCCAGGUCAUGAUCCAGAAAAUGUAGCUUAGCUGAGGCCACUCUGCACUCUUCUGCCUGCAUACAUCCUUUUUUGUCAUGAAAGUUUUGUCAUGAAAGGGAAAUGCCACCCAUCGUCAUCUGUAAAAUUUUCUUCUCUCUACACCUUAUAUCACAAUUACAGUUACAAUAACAAUUUGUCUCAAGUUUGUCUCAUCUUCCAACAUCCAGAGUCCUGUUUUUGGAUAUCCGUCUUUAGGGGAACUCUGCUUUCUGCUGUCACUGUCAUUAAUCAUAAGAAGACAACACGUAACAAUGACAUGAUAAUUACUUUUGAGAAUAAAUAUAUAGGAAUGUUAUCUCUUUUAUAUAAAUACUGAGUUUAUCAUUAAAUCAGUGUGAGAGGAUUGUCAUUGUGGAAGUACUUUGGUAAACCACACAAUGUCACUUUGGACUGAUACACAUUGAACUGGUUAUCAGUUUUUAAAAAAUGAUUAGAAUAUAUUGUGUCAGAUUGCUUAUUAGGAUUUAUCUUUUGAAAAAAGAUACCUGCGUAUUGUCCCAGCCCUACCAGUUAGCUCUAAUAAGAGCUUCAGUGCUUUUCAGCAAUUCAUUAAAUGAAUGAACUAAAUAAGAAUAUCUGUAUGAAUAACAAAAACAAGGAAAUGAUCCCCACUGAGUAGCAUAGAUGAUACAAUUUCAUGUCUUGACAAUGUUAAACAAACUGAUUUGGAGCUACAGAAAGUGUGGCAACAGUUCGUGUGGAGAACACUAUUCUUAAACAUGCCAAAAUAUGAUUUCAUGAACAGAUGAGUAGAUGAAUGAAUUAAUACGCUUGCCUUUGAUAACAGUGCUCAUCACUGGAAAAAAAGACACUUAUUGUAGCAUUAUUGAUGGUCACCAAGCCUGCUGAAACAUGGAAAUGUUCAAACUGUUUGUACAAUACUGUACACGAUUUUGUUCUUAUUAAAGGUGUUUGAGUUCAUGUUGAA